AUGUCAAAAACAACUCGUAAAAGACGUUGUACAUCAGCGAACUUUCAUACAGAUGAACAUUGUUCAACGAACGAUACAAAACAUCAGCAACAGAUAUCAUUACAAAAUUCACAGGAAGAACGAGAAUCUGAUAAUUGUCAACAAUUACACAAAUCAUCUGAAACAGAAGGUAGAGAAAAGAAACGAGUACGAUUUGAUAUUAUUGAAGAACCAAUAGUUAAAUUUAUUCAUCGUCAUGAUAUAUGUGAGGUAGAUCGAAUAUUACAAGGAUUUACAUCAUACGGUAAUGAUCGAUGUAUAACAAUAAAUGUAAAUGGAUAUGUUCGUAUCUAUAAUAGAUUUGGUUUCGAAUCCGAAUUGUUGUUAUGUGUUGAUAAAAUACAAGGUAUUCAUUAUUGUUCUCAUAUAGAGUUACUAAUCGUAGUAGCUGAAGAUAAACAUCAAUUACUUGGCUUUCGUAUAAAUACUGAUAAUAACGAUGAGAAGGGAAAAGUUAUUAAACAAACGACACAGUCAAAUUUGAAAUCAACCAAUCUGUUGACAUCAAAUUUCAAAUAUCUUCUUCAUGUUGUAUAUACCUCACAGCAACGAUAUUCUAUUCAGUUGCUAAAUAGUCGAACAUGGAAACGGUUACGAAAAUAUGAAAUUGAUUCACAAUAUGAACCAUUGUCAUUGGAUUCGAAUGAUCGAUAUAUGGCAGUGACAAUACGAACAAAUGAUGAAUCAAUACAAAUGAGAACAUUAGUAUACAAUUACUAUUUUCGUGAAGUAUAUACAGUUGAUUAUGACCAUGACACGAUUCAGAAUGAUUUACAUUGGCUAACAGAAAAACAACUUAUUUACUUGUCAAAUGAAACAAUGAAAACUGUAAACAUUGUCGAUGAUAAUGUAACAAUAAUUGAAACUGUAACACAUGGACAACGUUUGAAAAUAUCUCAAGAUGGACAAUUGUUGUGGUUGAUAGAUGAACAAGGGCGACUCAUUUUGUUUCAAAUAGAACGCGUGUAA